AUGGCCCCUCGACGUGGCGGCUCUUCCUCGAGCUACUAUAGCGACUACAAUCCAUGGAGCGAUACGGUUUGGUUGUCGUUUGAAAACUACGAGAGCAAAUCUUUCUUCUUGACCCGAUUUGCCUUUGAUAUUCUUUCUCUUCUUGCCUUCAUCGUCUUCCUCAUCUGGGCAUGCAGAAUCAGGAAUCGCAGUCUCCCGCUAAAGGCACUCAUUUGCGCCCUGGCUUCACUUAUAUGCUGCCAAAUAAAUAUCGUUGUAUGGGAAGCCCUACAUGUCGCCGAGACGGACGUGACAAUGUACUAUUUGAUCGACCUGAUGCUCUGGGACUUCUUCAGAGUCGUGGCGAUCUGUUUCACCUUCUAUGUCUUCUGGAAUCUCAUUCAUAACUUCCUAGGCCAUAUCAGAGGUUCCGGCAAGCCCCAUGCGGCAGUGACCACCAUCCAUUAUAUCUUCCUUGCGAUUAUCUUCGUUAUCUCGCUUGCCGAAUGGAGUUUGCGUGUCGCUGUUUACGUCCGAAGUGUGGCUUCCCUCUACGGCACUCUUCAGUUUACCUUGUCACACCUGAACGGUGCGACCGAUAUCAUCUAUUGGGCGUUUUCCAUGGAAAUCCUCGCAUGGAUGAUCUUCGUGGUUACCAAGGCUGGUAAUGAUAUUUUUGUGUCAAAGAUGCCCGCUAUGGCAAUCGUCCUCGCCGCCAUCUCCUGGUUCGCAGCGUGCUCCGUCUCGGCCAUCGUCUACAUUCGCUAUACCCUGGUGCACAUCGGUCAUUAUGAAUGGCCGCUAUACCUAAACGCCGUCAUGGCAAUUUUGACUUUCGUCUUUGGGGUCGGCACUUAUACUGGCAUUCUCCUGGGCUGUUCGAAAUGGCACAUGCUCGGCGAUGAGCAGAAGUAUACCGCGCAUCAGUACCAGUCUCAGUACCACUCUCAAUACCCUCCAGCUCAAACACCACCCCAGUAUCUUGAUCAGUUCCCCGGUGGACAGUACCCUCCGGUUCAACAGCAGCCAUAUGGUGUUGCUCCUUACCUGGAUCAUUCGGCACAGAAUCAGUCUCACGGGCACCCUGUCUCGCCUUAG